AUUAAAUAAACAAAAGUUUCGGACAAAAAUCGAAAAUUACUCCCUUCACAAAUCUAAGUAUGUUAAAUUAAAAAAUCUUUGGAGCUUUUGUGCACAGUCUAUGUGACGUGCGAUAACCAAUCUUUGCCCUCAUCCUCUGUAUAUUUUCUCUUCCAUGAACUCAAACGUCUUCACCCUUCCUACUGCCUUCCCUCUCUCCAACCAUGAUUCUAUCAUCUGGGUUUCCUCCUUCUUCUUCACCUUUCUUUCAAAUGCAUUUCCUUUUUCAUCUAGAUUUUGUCUGCCUUGCAAGUGAUUCUGGGCAAACUCUUUUCCACUGAAUUAAACCAUUUGUUCCUUUAUUUAUUUGGUUUCCUAUAUUCAAGAAAUGGCCAUUCCUUAUCCUCAUUUCAAUUUUGUUGGAAAUUCAUUACUAAGAGGUUGCAGGAGUUGUUUGGGUACGCAGGUCGUGUGGCCAAGCUGAGGAGUAAGGGUUCUAAUGGCAAGGAGAACGGUGGGGAACCAUUUGUUACCGAUAAUGGGAAUUAUAUUGUGGAUUUGUACGUCAAAAGAGAUAUUGGUGGUUUGAAAGCUGCAAGUAAUGCAAUUUUGAGGCUGGCAGGUGUUGUUGAGCAUGGCAUGUUUCUUGAUAUGGCAAAUACAGUCAUUGUUGCAGGGGAACUUGGGAUCACCAUCAAGAAUAAGCAUAAGUAGUGCUCGGUGAUGGAGAUGAGAUGGAAAUGGUGGCAAAUCUCCAAUCUCUUCCGCCAAACAGCCCGCGUCUCUUCUUCCAGACGCAGGCAUUACAUCCAUCUCCCCUUGCCCUCCUACACUCCUGAAUCUUCUCUGGUUGUGAAAGAGUCAUCUGUAGUGUAUGAUGUUUUGGAGGACAUAAUGGAGCACAUCUUUGUAAAUUUGCAUAGUGUAGAAAAGAAUUUGCAAUUUUGGCAAUCUAGAGCAGAGAGAUCUAAUUAUCGGAAAUUAUACUUUAUGAUCUUUGAGAGAGGGCCUCGAGCUUUCGUUGAUGGAACAGUUCAGUUGGUGCAACAAUGCGUUGUUGAGGGUCCUUCAAUGCAGCAUCUAUGCCAAUCUGCAUCUGCUUAUAUAUCUGAGAGGCUGGCUGCUUUAACCACAUUAAGGCGCGUGCUUGCUACAUUAUUGGCUAAGGUUUACAUGGAAGUUGAUAGAUGUGGAAAAGAGUUAGUGAAGGAUCCAGAAAAGUCAUUCCCCUCAUUGCUAGUUACUAUUAAUGGUUUAUUUUCAAAUUUGGAGGCAUCAAUUGGUCAUCUACAUGCAAUACGCAGGACUAAUUCUUCUGUUGAUGGAAGCUAUUCAUUCCCUCUACUGUUUGAGAGACUACCAGAAGUUAAUCAAGAAGGCUCUCAGUGGACUGAAUGUGAAAUUGCAGAUGCCAUCAACUUGGUUAAUAAAAAUAUUCAGAAAUUGGACUCCUACUUAUCUCUUAUAGUUGCCAAACACCAAAAGCCAAAGAAAGUAACACAGUACUGGAUUCGUUAUACAUGUGGUGCAGUUGGCCUAUCUGUUUGUUCUAUGUGGCUCUUGAGGCAUAGUCGUUUGAUGGGAAGUCCCGAUAUUGACAAUUGGAUUUGUGAAGCAAAGGACUCAGCCGUUACCUUAUUUGACAUUUAAAUUAAUUUGGUUGUUUUUAUUUUGCUUUCAAUAAAAUUAUCCAAAUGCACUAUUAUUAUGUAGAGAUUUGUGAAAACUAAAUAUGGGAGAGGACCCAAUUCUGUUAAGUUGUGGGUUUAACCGACUUGUAACUAAUCAAUAUUUUCAGUGCUUUAACACCUUAAUAUAUAUGAUUGUUUCGUAGACUUAAUUGAGGUGAGAGUUAGACUUCUGCUGCUGAUGCUGCCGCAAUUUAUCUUGCUAUACAGGAUAAUGAAUAUGUUGCAUAUGAACUUAUAUGGUUAUGCGUGAUGUGUUAGUAGGAAGCCAAUAAAAUUGUGUGUAGGGAAGAAAAGAAUAUAUGUUAGUGGUGGAGUGAAACUACAGUCCAAACAGUAAAAGGGCUGACCACAUAAAGAGGGAUUUAUGAAUACAUUUUGAAUUCACAUUUUCUAAGGCAGGUUUGUGCACUAUACUGGUAUUUAUUCAAGUAUAUCUGAUAAAUUUCUAGGUCCAGCAGCCAUCCUUGCCAGAUAUAAUGGCUACAAGUUUCAAGUAAUGCAUUGGGGAUGAGCUAACUGACUACAGUGUUUUGUAACGAGUAUGGAGGGUCUCU